ACUCUUCGGACCCCGUCCUUUUGUUUUUGAAUUGAAGCAUUUAUUAUGAGAUUGUCCAUUGUUCUCUAUCGUUACUCCAGCAUUUCUAUCUCCGCGUCUACUUGCUAUCCACAUUUGUGCCCAGAGUAUCAGAUACAUCAUACAUCUAUCACACAGCAGUCUGGUUGCUACCCCGCAGAUCUCGGGAAUUCUAGUCAACAUUCUUAGGGCACCAUAUCAUCACCUUUAUCGAUUGCAUCGCAAUCCCAACGUCGGUUCCUCCCCCUCCAUUGCCUAGAGUUGGGUGGGCUGCCCAGAACGGUCCUCACCCAGCUGCUUGCGGAUCACUCGUGAGGAGCUGCUUGGCUCUGUCCGUUUUAUGACAUAUUUAUCCAGUCAUUUGUAAAAGUCCAACAAUGUCUUCCUCUUCAUAUUCAGUCAUGUCCCGCGAGGCGCUUGACCUCAAAGUCCGCAAUAUGACUUUGCUAUCGAAACCGAUCAUCGAGAUCUACCUGAAAGACACCUCCCGAUCCGUUCAUGGAACUUAUGUCAGGUCGUUCUCCACCCUUGAUAAGAUCGAGGGCGAAGUACGUAUCACGGCCAAAAAUGACACUCGUUUCGACGAGAUCAACAUCACCUUUGAAGGGGUCGCAUUUACCUUUGUCGACAAUAUGAGCCCUAUCACCACUGGUGCCACGCGAGUGGAGAAAUACAGAAGAUUCCUAUUUCUCCGGCAACCAAUCGACUACAGCACUCAAGUACCACAGCCGCGCAUCAUAGCCGCAGGCGCCACAGUGACGAUUCCUUUCAUGUUCGUUGUGCCGCAGAAGUUACCCCUUUCCUCGUGCACGCAUAAGGUUGCGAACGACCAUGUCAAACUCGCGCACCUGCAAGUUCCCCCCAGCCUUGGCGACCCGGAGACAUCAGGCUUCGGUGGGAGGCUCCUUGACGAUUCUGCGCCGGAUAUGGCGAGGAUCCAGUAUGUGCUGAGGGUCCGUCUCUCGCGCAACCGCGAUUCGGAUGGCUCGGAGAAUAUGCUGGCGCAAAAAUCAAAGAAGGUCCGCAUCAAGCCGGCCGUGGACGAAGCACCACCGGUCGACGCUGAUAACGACCCCGACUACAUCCUUCGUUGCGAGAAGGGACUGCGUAAGUUCAGUAAGGGCAGGCUCGGUCGAUUGAUCAUCGAGGCCGAACAGCCGCAGAGCUUCCGACUGCCCGCUUCCCCAAUUGAGGACGCAGGUAGACCUGUUACGACCAAGGCGCGGGCCAUACUUCGAUUCGACCCGGCCUCGCCGAACGAGCAGCCGCCAAGAUUGGGAAGCUUGUCAGCAUUGCUGAGAGCGCACACCUUUUUCGCAGCGACCCCGAGGAACGACUUCUCGAGCAAGUCGAUAAUGCCAUAUGACAUGUCGCAGGGACACUUCGACCGCGGCUUCAACAUCUUCAAUCACUGCAUGGGUGGCGCCCAAUGGGAACGGCACGACCCUUCCCCUUCGGACUGCAGUCGAAGCGGUUCGCACGACUCGACCAAUACUCGACGAACUUCCUCUGGCUCCAUCCCCGUCCCAGCUCCCUCAUCCGAAAAGCCACCCAAACCAGGCUGCCCCUUCUACACCGCCGUGUUCCUCAUCCCGCUCACCCUGCCAACCUCCCGCAGCUUCCCGCCCACCUUCCACAGUUGCCUCAUCUCCCGCAUAUACACGCUGUCCCUCGACCUGACGCUUCACGGCGUCAGCAUGAUGAACCCGAAACUGCAUCUGCGGCUGCCGGUGCAGGUCUCGGACGAAGGGAGCAAGGACACCAUCGAGGAGCGGAGGCGGAGCGAGGUGGAAGAGCAGGAGCGCUGGGAGGGCGCGUUUGCGGCGGCGGAUGAGUAUUUCGCGCCGAGGCGGAUCGGGCAGCCGGAGACCGAGCUGCCGGAGCAGAGAAGGGAUGGGUUGCCGGGGUAUGAUGCGGAUAUUGGGGUGCGGGGAGGGGGAGGGGCGGCUAGGGGCUUAGUGAGGGCGGUUGGGUGAAUGGAUGAAGAUGCUUCGAGGGAUGAUGGGAUGCUGCUUCAACACUUUGGAUUUGGGAUCGGUUCCCUCCGUGUGGUUCUCGAGUAUGAUUUCGGUUCUCUGCGGACUUGUGAAGCCUGACUGUUGGCGUUUGAGUAAGGAAACCCUGGAUCGAAAACAAAUGAUACCCAAGCUGUUGGUCGGAUAUGAAACCAUCCAAUGGACAAAUGUUUGGAGGAUUUAGGGAAUGUAUAUCACUAUAAUUCAGUAAUUAAUGACAGACUUAUAUCCAUCGGCCAGAUGACCC